CGUUGACAGCGCCGCGGAGACCGAGAGGAAACGACGGAAGGCCAACGAUGGGGCGACCGACGGCAGGAACGAUUCUGCGCAUGAAGAAGGCACAAGUGAAGCCAAAAAAGAAGAACCCAUCACUCAAGAACAAAAUCCGCAACCUUGAACGCUUUCUGAAGAAAGAUACGUUGCCAGACGACGUCCGUCGUGCAAAAGAAGAAGAGCUAAAGGAACUUCAGAAGCAGACAGAAGGCAAGCAAGAAGAAGACAGGAGUCGCGAGAUCACACUCAAGUUCAAGAAAGUGCGCUUCUUCGAUCGACGCCGCUUGAUGCGAUUGCUGAAGAAGCUGAAGCGCCAAUUGGAUGCUCCGGCAUCGAGCGAAAGCGACAAAGACGAACUUGAAAAGCAAUUCGAACAGGCCAAAGAAGACAUGAUGUACGUGUACUACUACCCCAAGGGCGAGCGAUACAUCAAUUUGUUCCCUGAUGCGAAGAAGCCGCAUUCGGCAGAGGAUUUGGAGCGGCAGGACAAGAUGAAGAAGGCGGCACUGAAGGCGUUCAAGAGUGACGACAACCGCACUGCGUUUGACCAUUAUUGCUUCAACGACGACGAGGCACCUCCUGCGGAGGACGACACAAAAAAGCGGAAGGUUGGAAAAGACGGCAAAACAACCAAGCGAAAAAACAAGCGACCAAAGACGAGCACCGCCAAGGUUGUCAUGGCAGAUUUGGACGGGGCUGACGACGGCUCUGGUGGUGACGACGACUUCUUCUUGUGAUCAAUCUAUCGUUCUUCGUUAUACUAUCUCCCAACGCUUUCCAUGCAC